AUGUCUUCCAUGGCAGUUCCUGUAGCUUUAUGGGGGCCUUCACCUCCAACACACCAUAUAUCAUGUAUAGCUGUAACACCAGAUCAAAGAACGAUCGUUACUGGAACACUUGAUGGACAAAUUGGCCUUUGGGAUUUGCGAACUUUGCAAAAUAAUACAUUGCAGCUGGUACCGAAGAAUUUAAUUUUUGGCCACCCAACUCCUGUCACAGCUUUGGCUAUCGCUAAUGAUAAAUGGGAAAAAGCCAGUAUAAUCAGUUCUGCUGAAGAAGGAGAAAUAUGUCUGUGGGAUUCUGACGAUGGAUCUUGUAUCCAGUAUCAAUCCCAACUGCAUGGAUCCCAUACUGAAAUCCAGACUUUUCAAAUGACAUCUGGAUUAAAACGUCUUUGGCGUGUUAUUGUUUAUGGUCGUUACAGUGAUGCUUUCAUUCUAGACGCAGCUACACUAGAAUUAAUUUACAAACUACAAUCCAAAAUAUCACCUGACUGGUUAUCGGCAUUAUGUGUUACAAAAUCGAUUCAAAGUGAAGGAAGCACUAUAAUAGCUGUAUGUGCUAAUCGUGUUAUGAAAAUUUGGAAUUUAAAUGAUGAGCCACAAGAUGCAUUAUUUGAAGCUGAAGCAAAGACUUUGGCAAAUGGAGAUGUUCACUGUAUCCGCUUUAAUCAAUUCACGAAUCGUGCAAUGCUAUUUGUUUUCAGCGAUUGCUGGCAGAUUUACGACUUAGAAAGCUAUCAUUUGUUGUACGAAAUGAGAGCAAAUGAUGGUGAUUGUUGGAUCGGAGGAGACUUUGUCGAUGUAAACGAUGUCUCAAUUUGGAGUCAGUCUGGUACCGCAUAUAUUUUCAGACUUCCUAAGAAGUGCUUGCCUGACGCCGAAUCUGUCAAAAGCAUAAGCAGUGAGGAAAAGGCAGUAACAUUACAUACAUUAUUGGGAUGCUCGUUCGAGAAUGUAUCUAAUAAGCCGGUGUUAAAUUUCUCGUAUGGUUCGCGCGGAUCAUUUCAUAAAUUAAUAGUCCAAGGGAAUGCUUCUGGAGAGAUACAAAUUUGGAAGUUAAAUAGUUUUUCCGAUGCAAAAAAUUAUGUCUCUGAUCAAGAAAUUACACCAAUUACCUCUGCAAGUCUUUCCGAUCCAUGGAGAAAUCCUAAUACGAAACCUAAUGGAAUUUUAGAUAACUUGGUACAAAUUAUUUUAAGUAGUUGCGAUCCAUCCGUAUCCUCAACAUUAUUUAUAGCAGAUCGUGGAAUCCUGAUUUGCGGCUGUGAUAAUGGCGAUAUCUACGUCACGGAUGCCUGUGUAAUAACUUUAAUGCAGUUCUUAAACUAUGGACAAUCUAAUGCUAAUAAACCAAUAAUCCAUACAAUGAAGCGACACAAUAGACGUGUAACAUGUUUGUUACACCCGUACAGUGAUGUAGCAUCCUACGACUCUAAACUACUUGUUUCUGGUAGUAGUGAUUUUACCGUAAAUCUAUGGAAUUUAGAAACGGGAGCAUGGUUAUACACAUUUGCUGUUCAUGGUGGUGGAAUUACGAAAUUAUUUUGUUGCCCCCAGAGCGGAUCUAGUAGACUAGCUAAUUGCAUUUGUGGCAUUUCAAGAGAUCAUACUGUAUCUAUUCUUUCACUAACUGAACGAAAAUGCUUAUUGUUGGCCGGGAGACAUACAUUUCCAAUUAACUCUAUCCGUUGGCGCCUAAACGAAGAUUUUCUUGUUGUGAGUUGUACUGAUGGUACUAUCUACGUUUGGCAAAUUGAAACGGGUUGUCUUGAUAGGUGCAUAGGUGGUGCGGCUGCAGCUGAAAUACUACAAGUACACGAUGAAUUAACAUUUAUAGGAAUGGAUGCAACUAAUAAUAUGAUAACUCCUUUGUCGCCGACUGGAAUUCUACCUAAUCAAAUCGGAAUUAGUGCAACUGCAUCCACACCAAAUUUCCAUGAUGCAUCUCUAACUGCUAACGAAAGUCUUCCUAAUGCUGGAAAUCCGUUACGCAUAACCUCUGUUAGAGCCAACUUAUACGACUCAGACAUUCAAAUUUUACUAUUUGAUACCGAAGCUCUUAUUAUCCAUCUGUUACAUUACGAUAAAAUAUCGUCGGAGGAGUUAGAAGAUUCACAAGAUGAAGAAGGUAUUACUUUCUCCGCAAGUUCAGGAUCAGCUAAGAAACCUGCGACUUUAUUACGUCAGAGUCAAAUUACAUACGAUGCAGCACAACUUGAAUUAUCAUGUCUUCAUGCAUGGGACUUGGAUCCUAAACUAGAUGAUAUUUGUGUCAAGCGGUUAGGCUUAUUACAUCCAAGUCGGCCGAUAAGUUUCGGCAUCCUUAGUAAGCGUCGUAGUCUAUCUCUCAUUGUCCCUGGAUGGGAACCUUAUUGUCCGCAGUUAACAUCAAGUUCUACUGGAGAUGUUAAUACAAUGUCGGAAGAAGACUCUUUCGUUACGUACUCUCAUUGGAUGCUAUCAAGUUCUCUAACUACACAACAUAUGUUGGCCAUAAUCUCUGUAUCGAAUACUUUAAUGGAAAUGAAUCAUACCAGCUUUAUAUCUGCAUUUGAAGAUGACAUUGAAUCUAAUGAGGAAGCCGAAGAUAGAGAGAUGAAAGAAGUUACAAGAAUCUCGCAAAUCAAGGCUGGUUGGAGCCAAAUAGCAACAUUGCAUUGUGUGCUAUUGCCAGAUAAACUCGGAAAACAUACUUUUAAAGCACCGUUAUUACAAGUUCUAGCUCGUAGAUGGCAGCAUAAGUGCUUAGAGAUAAGAGAAGCAGCACAAGCCUUGCUUUUGGCUGAAUUAAAUCGCAUCGGCCGUGAAGGACGUCAACGUACUAUUGAAGUAUGGUCGCCACACUUACCGCGCAACUUCGAUAUAGGAUCAAAUGCAAUAGUUAGUCCUACAGAUCCUACUUCUGGAACCCCUAUGAUAGAUAGCCCAUCAACACCUCAGAUUCAAACUCCCACGGGAGCUUCCGCUAAUACAGCAUCAUCGCGUAAAGCUAUAUCAGCAUACGAAUUUAGACGUCGCCAAAUUACAGCAAUUGUUAUGAUGGGUGUACUCGGAGCCGAAUUUAGUCAUGAACUUGAUUUACGCAAUACUCGCCAUGAUAAAAAAGAGCAAGGUACUACCGAUGUCGCUGCUAUAGCUGAGAACGAUGUUGUAAUGUACACUGGCAAAGCGCUUCAAUUCUUGAUUUUACAACAAAAUUCUGCACAAUUCCCUGGGAAUAGUACUGUUCGAAGGACUGCUAUUGAUUUGAUUGGACGUGGUUUUGCUCUUUGGCAACCUUAUUUAGAUGUUGCAUCCGUUUUACUUGUUUUGUUAGAUUUAUCGUGUGAAACUGCAAGUAAAACAUCGCCGCCAAACCUCACUAGUACAUCACUGGAUACCAGUCGGACCGCUAAGCAUGCGUUGUCCUUGAUUGCUACCUCGAAACCUGCCCUACUAAUUACUACGUUGUCUGUUCAGAUUGGUAGAAAUGGUCCGUUACUUAUUUCUUUAAUGCAGUCGUCACCUCCAGGCUCUCAACCACCACCGUCCGCAACUAUACUAUUUCAAUCACGUGGAAUAAUUCUACACAUUAUGGAAAUAUUAGUUGAGAAGGCUCCUCAAGAAGUUGUAGAUUUACUUAUAGAAGUUGUAAAUAUUAUCUUGCAUUGCUCGGAUCAAAUUCAACUAAAAUCACGCAAUUUACCAGACAGUUUUCCCUCAUUAUUGAAGUUUAAUAUGGUAUCAUUCUGUUCGAAAAGUAAACGCGUCGCUGUUGGUGGUCAGAAAGGCCAAGUGGUCAUAUUUGAUACCAAAUCGGUUCGCAGUUAUUCUCUCUCAGUAAAUUCAACCGCUGUUACUGCCUUAGCUUUUUCAGCUGAUGGUCGUAUGAUUGCCGUAUUUUCUCUCGCUGAAGCUCGGCUAUCGUUUUGGCAGAUUGGUAGUUCCACUAACAUAUUUGGUAUGAUUGGUAAUUUUGCGCCAAAGUGUGUAAAAACAUGUAGAGUUAACACGAGUCGAGUUAAAGACUCACACGUAGUAGUACAAAAACUUGUUCGUAUCGUUUGGUUAAGUCACAAAGAAUUGGUGUUAUUGACUAAUGGACUGGAACAAAGAUUUUCAUGUUAA